GUACGCUGUAUCAUGUGGCAAACGUGAAUGAACUCGUGUUCGUCAAGUUGGUGACCGCUUCGAAUUGCACCCCAACGACUACGAACUACCCUCAAAUCUCAUCUUAUAAGGCCAAGCCUGUCACUCAGAAUUAAUACCACGUCAACAAUCCCCAUCCUUGAACCAGAGCCGAAUCCAGACAAUGGCAGACCAGAUACCCCUCCUCGGUGACAUGGGAGGCGCCAGCAAUUAUACCACGCAGUCAGGGAACCGAGCGACGGGUCGUAUAUUAUCCUUCUUCAAAGUCUUCCGCAGCGGCCUCAUCGCCCCCAACGCCACGACGUACAGCUCCAUGGUGCACCUACUCAACGCCGAGGACGAGGCAGAACGCGACCGGCUGACGGCAAAUUGGAGUCACCAUAAGCUGGAAGAGCUCAAUUUCAUUGGCGUCGUAGGAGCACUCAUAGCCGGCGUCUUGAGUAGCACCCCCGGGUGGCCAACCAUGAUGCCCUCUCAAGAUGACGCGCAACCAUGGUUCGUACGCACGAUGUGGCUAACAGGUCUCGUCUUUGCGCUUUUCUCGGUUCUUACGGCCGCGCAGCAGAGUCUUCGUCUUCACCGGCUCAGUGCGCACCGGAAUGGACUAUCCCUCAUCAGGGGAUGCAUCGCAAGCAAAACGGGCUUGGAUGGGAUUACCAGACCUAGAAACGCGCAAGUAUUUGCGUGGCAGGCUGGUGUUGGCUUCCUGACGGCUUCGGUGGUAUGCAUGGUGGUUGGAAUGGCGGUGUUUGUUUGGGAAGCUAGUGAUUUUGAAGGGAUCAGUCGGGGCGUGUGGGAUGAGAAUGCCAAGCUUGGUGUUGCUUUUACGAUCCUUCUGGUGUUUACUGUCAUCGUGUUUCUGGCCACGCAGGCUUCGAUCUCGGCGGAUUUGCAAGAGGAUGAGAUUGCUACUCAGGCACCGGCAAGAGAUGGAUAGGAGUGAAGAACAGUAGAAAGGUUGGUGCAUUGUGAGAAAUUGGGAAGAGUUGUGGAAGUCCUUUGGCAAGCAGGCUAUGGCGGGCCAAAAUAAAUUUUCGCUGUCUAAUUAGUUCAGAUGACUAUUAUACAGGUGUGAUACUGAAGGACUGUACGUAAAUAAGGGCCCAUGACAGCACAUCUCUAACCCUAAUGGAGACUCGGGAU